ACGCUACGGCUGCCACUGCUGCUCAUCGUAUUGUUUCCCGUGCAGCCGGCAGCAAUAACAACGUCGUCGUCGUCUCCGCCGCUAAUCAUACGGCCAACGAAAGCAACAACAUCAGCAUCAACACCACAGCUACAGCCACUACCACUAAUAAUAUUGCCAUCACCACUACCAACAACAAUAACAACAACAACAGCAACAACGCCAGCAUCAUUUCCACUUCGGCAGCCAUACAUAGCCAACAGGAACAGCAACAACAGCAAGAGCAACAAACUAAAAACGACGACGACAUUGUCAGCAACAUUAAUAUUACAGCUUCUGGCUCUCAGAAUAUUUCCACCAUUUUACCCACCUCGAAUUCGAACUCGAAUUCCAACGCUGUUGUCAUUUCUACCACACUACCCAACUCGGAGUCCUGUACAUCUACAACACCUCUGUGUGGUGGCCUCACCACUUCGAAAACUACUUCAACCAUUUCAUCAUCAAUUGAUACAACUGUUACAUCUCCCAGCCUGCAGCAGAAAACUGUUAUCAACACCACCCCCUCUACAGAGGCUGUUAGCAACGUUGUGAGCUCACCUCCACCACUAACAACAUUAGCAUCAACAUCCUCUUCAUCAGCAGCCAAACUACCAUCACCUCCCCCCACACACACCACCUCCUCCAAAUCCUCUACACCCCUAGCAAAACAAAAACAAUCGCAACCCCUCCAACUACCCACCACUUCACCCUUAACAUCUGAGCCCUAUCAACACACAACUGCAGCAACAACAUCUUCUACAACAACAGCUGCUGUUGUUGUUAUCGGUUGCUCAACGUGUGAGGCUUUAAAACGAAAACAACAGCAACAAUAUUUGGAGGUUGUGCUGCUGUUGCAGCUGCAUCAUCCACAUCGCAAAUAG